AUGAUUGUGGUGAUCAUUUUGAUAUAUAGUUUGUUUUUGUGUUAUAAAUGAUGUUAAUAUACGUCAGGUUUUCGUGCACUAGCUUAUAAAGUGUUUGUGUUCAGUGUUUUGAUCAUGAAAUUUUGAAUGUUGUUUCGAUAGGUUGAUAGAGGUACAGCCAGGUGUAUGAGCAGAGGAGACUCAGUUCAUAUGCUCAGUACUGAUAAACGUAUAUUAAGUUUCUAAAGAAAUUUAUAUGUGAUACAAGCAAAGGGGAAAGCAAAACAGGACCUCAUUGUGCAGUGAUAGAUGAUGGAUGAGUAUCUUGAUCAAUAUCUCUCCUCUCCGUUAUGGUCCAAUGUUAAUGCAAGGGAAAAAUUGACUUGGGACUAUUGUGAACAACAAAUUGGACUGCUUCCAGUUUCAGUUGGAUUAUAUGAAGAUGUUGAGAAAAAUUCACCCGCAAGUAUUCCAAGUGCAAACAAUACAAUGGAGAGCUUGGCUGAUCAGGAUUUUUCGUCAGUUAUUCUUGGUGAAGAGUCAGAUUACAGUGUUGACAAGAAUCUACUUUCUGAAGAUGCUCAAGCACAAAAAGAUGAUCAAAACUGCAAUCACAACCUCUCAAGUAAGAUGAAUGGAAGCUUACAACUUGGAAAUGUGGCCCUGCGAUAUGAUACAGCUAUUCCUGCCCUCGGUUCAGUAAAUCUCGGUUAUCCAAAGAAGCUUCCAGUGGUCAGUCAUAUGACUUCAUCUGAUCUUUCUUUUACUGAGUUAGGACACCUUGGAGGUAAUGGCAGUGAAUUGUCUGAUGUUCAGAGAUCCAUCGCAGAUUCACAAACUCUUUCUCCAAUUCCAGGAUUUUGGAUUCCAUCAUCUUAUAAGGAGGUUUCUUCCUUGUAUCCUGUAAUGGGACAAGAUAGAAUACAGUGCGUUGGUCCGCAAGCAGCAAAUAUGAACAAUGGUACGGAUACUAUUAAGAACAGAUACGUGGGGAUGGAGAAAAUCCUGCAGUUCGAUAACUUGCCUGCUUCAGCAACCCCCAAGGGGAAACAAGAUUUGCAAAAUCAUCCAUUGUCACCCUUUGCUGCUGCACCCCAGAUAAUGGUGCCAUCUCCACAGCAGACAGCAUCAGCUGCUCCAACUGGUAGCAUUAACGGAACUGGAAAGCCUCGCGCAAGGGCACGUCGAGGCCAGGCCACUGACCCACAUAGCAUUGCUGAAAGGCUUAGGAGAGAGAAAAUUGCUGAAAGGAUGAAGAAUUUGCAAGAGCUUGUGCCUAAUUCCAAUAAGACCGACAAGGCAUCCAUGCUUGAUGAGAUCAUAAACUAUGUUAAAUUUCUUCAACUCCAGGUCAAGGUACUAAGCAUGAGCAGGUUGGGGGCUGCAGGGGCAGUUCUUCCUCUCAUCACAGAUGGUCAAGCUGAGGGCUCCACUGGGUUGUCAGCUGGUGAAGGAGUUGAUCCUGAUCAAGUUGCCUUGGAAGAAGAGGUAGUGAAGUUAAUGGCAACAAAUGUGACAAUGGCAAUGCAUUAUCUGCAGACGAAAGGCCUCUGCCUCAUGCCUAUUGCAUUGGCCACUGCCAUAUCCAGCGGUAAGGCACCAUCAUCUUCAUCAUCUGCAUCUGUUUCUGAAGAGUGGAAGAAAUUUCAAAAUUAUAGUAGCAGCAGCAGCAGCAGCAACAGUAACAGCAGCUUGGCAAGCGAUAGCAAUAUUAGAAUCAGAAACGUCAGCGAAGCAGCCAUGAUAAAUGGAUGCAAUGGAGCUAUUAAACCAGUGAGGAACACUUUCUGCACUGCCACACAGCUUAAACCCAAAACCUGAACAACCUCUACCUGUUAAAAAUCAGUUUUUCGUAAUUAUUUUUCUGUUUAAAAAUCAGUUUAGAUACUGUUUUAACGUUGUACAUGCAUAAGAAUAAAAAAUAAAAAUAUGCAUUUUACAUUUUAU